AGUCGCCCAAACGGGUUGUGUUCGGCACUCGUCCCGCUGUUUCUCCCACACGCACAGCAGCCAUGCUCGCUUUCGGACGGGUGGCCCUCUGGGCUCUCCUCGUGUGCUUCGUCGCCGCCACACCGACUUGCGUCGAGUCCGGGACAUCGCGGGUCACGUACACCUGCUCCGGCUUCACAAGCCACGCCGAUUUCAAUACAGUCGUCCGUCGCGACUUCUCGCCGGAUCGCUAUUCGCGGGUUGACUUUCUUCUUCAAAACAGCAACCUCGACUAUUUACCGGUGAGAGCACUUGAAGGCACUAUGGCCUUGGUAGUGGAGCUCCGUAAUGUCCGAGUGCAUGGCCCCACUCCGACGUCCGAUGGGCACCCCUUCACUGGUGUCACGUCGUGGCUCAAGAAGGUAAUCCUUAGCGAUGGCAGCACGGCACCCCCAUCAUGGGCGCUGCUAGCUCCGCUGACCAAGCUUGAGGAGGUCAUCCUCUUGAACAUGCACUACGUCAACCUCUCCAGCAGUUUCAACGAACUCCCGAAGAGUGUCAAGCGUGUGCGCGUCUUGAACUCGACUAUCCUGGGCGUAGACGAAGACUGGCUUGCAGGUCUGGAAAACCUGGAGGAGCUGCACGUCGAGAACAGCAACAUCAACCACUUCUCGAGAUCUAUGCUGCCUAGGCCAGCCCGCAACCUUACAUCGUUGACGCUCAGGAACGCAAAUUUGACAUCUUUGCCGGCGGACCUCACCGUGGACGCGCCCCGGCUGACUGAGCUCAACCUUCAGCAAAACGCCAUUCACCAGUUCGACGACCGCAGUUUCACUACUCUGCUCGAACGGAGCACCGAUGCCGCAGCCUUUUUAGAUGGAAACCCCCUGGACUGCGACUGCCACGCACGCUUUCUGAACCAGAUUCCGGACAGCUGGACUGCACCGCCGUGCGUUACACCGGAGCGACUCAAGGGACGUCAGGUCAAGAACAUCGGUAUCUCGCAGCUCAUUUGCGCAGCUGCCGGUGGCCGCCGCUAAUAAAGAGGAAAGCAGCCAUGCA